AUGUCACUCAACCGACUUGAGUCGACUCGCCGUCUUCCCGUCGUUGACAACUUCAAGUCCCAGAUGCCCCACUACUUCGCAGGGCUCGUCAUCUAUGUCCAUGACUCGUCUCGCCCGCUAGAAGAGGUGCACUAUGACAAGGAGUUCAUCCUGACUCCAGCGGUCUGUGCCCUCGCGUCGACCCUGUAUACCCCCGCCGCUAGUAUCUACACUCGUCUCAUCGCUCUAUGUACCAUUGACGCCGUCUCGUCUCCAAGUGCUAACAUGACCCAGCGGCACGGUGGCGAACUCGCAACCAGCCCCGUCGAGCCCAACGUCACCCACAUCGUAGUCGACCCCCACGCAGUCGAAACCAAGGCGGACAGCAACGCGUUUUCCGCUCCGAACUUCAGCGCCUCGAAUCGACGUGCAGCUCGUUUUACUCCUCCCAACUGGCAGCUGGACGACUUCUUCUUGAUCUUCUCUGCGCAAGAGAACCCACCGUUCAUUAUCGACACCGUCUGGCUGAGGCACUGCGAGAAGGCCAGGAUGCUGGUGUUCGAGGACCCUUACGUUGUCAACGGCUCCAAGUAG